AUGUCAUCGUGUCGUCCAACGCAUAACAACAAUGCCUUGCCCUCAAAAACACCAUCAUCAACUUUAACCCGACGACGACGACACGCUUUGAUGAAACGAGGAGGACAAAAGCGAACAACAUCACAUUCGUUGACGAUACGGAACGGCUUCUUGGAAAACAUUUUGAAAGCAGUCACUCCGAAAGAUGCAAAGGAGAUUCAGAAAGAAAAAGAGAUGAAACGAGUAAAGUUGAUCGAGCAAAGUCCGAAAGGGUGUAUGAAAUCGGCGUACCAGUUACUCGCGAACACGGUCAUCGACGGGGAGGAACUCGUUUUGGCGUACGACGCCACGAGAGAUGGGUGGACGGCUUCGGCUUUUCACGAGAGAGUUGACGGAAAAGGACCGACUUUGAUUUUCGGGAAGACGGCGAAAAACGCGAGGUUCGCGGCGUAUAAUCCGCUCGGGUACUUCUCGGUGGAGGAUUACAGAGAUUGCCCCGCUGCGUUUUUGUGCGUGUUUAAGAACGAGCAAAGUUUUCUGAACGGCGACGCGAGUGGGAUGGAGAUUUUGCCAAACGUCGGCUCGCCGGCGAUAUUCGAUUUCGGAGCCCAGGGUCCGUCGUUUGGGCCCGAUGGCUUACGAAUCCCGCUAGGGAACGCGCCAGCGAAUGGGAGUUCGUAUGCGGGUAUAGGAGAGGCGACGACGAGCUACGGAAGUUCGAAAAAGUGCAUAUCUCGUCUCGGUUCUCAUUACGCCGGGAGGAGCGAUGGCGUGACGAGCGUCUUUGCGAAAGGAGAGAAGAACGAAACCAACUUGAAAGAGUUAAUAGCGCUCGUUUCGCCGUCCAUGGAAAGAGACGGGUUGUACGUGAGCUAA